CUCACGUUAAUAAACACAUUUAAUUAUUAUAAUAUAGGGUAGUGAUGACCUUUGAUCUAGAAAUUUGGUACCUUCGCUCGCUAUCAUGUAUUAUUGUUAUAGGAUUUCUUGGACCACAUCUUUUAGCCGUGGGAAGAAUGGUAUUGAUAGACGUUUUUUCAUUUGAAUAAAAAUAAAUCAAUUUUUUUUGUCUAGCUUAAAGAUCUUUCAUUCUUCAUGUACAUUAUUUUUAUUGUCAUGGCAGGUUAUGAUGUUGCUUCUCGUUCAAUGGUUUACUAUCCAAAUCCUAAUGCAUUUAAUGACACGAAUGACAACACUGCAUUUCAACAAAGAUAAUAAGGCCAGCAACUAUUUGGAAUUCGUUUCACCAUUUUAAAAUCUGACAUUUAUUUGAUGUCAAAAAAGAAACAACAGAAUGCGAAGUUGAUGGUAGACUUAUGGCUACGGCUUUCACUCUUGUAGCUAUGAUGAACUAAUUAUUCAGUCUAUAGUGAAUGAAUUAUUAUAAUGAUAUUAAGAUAGAGUAAUCAAAUCAACGAAGCAACAAUCAAUAACAGGCAGGCCUCGAAACGAGCCAUCCGGCCCAAAAAGAUUUUAUUCCUAGUCGAAUGGGUCUCAUCAGCGAAGACCGGUGGGCCGGGCAGGCUUAAAAUUCUGCAGGACCAUCUGACUCGAACUUUUUUUUUGCAAGGGAAAUUUCUCACGCAAGGGAAAAGAAAUAACUGAUUGUAAUCGACUUCUUCCUAGCAAAAAAUCGAUUGUGAUGGGACUAUCAUCAUUUGAUCAAACUUAGAAUAUUUAACUAUUAAUCGAUUUAAAUGGAGAUGGUCGUAAAACGAGUUUUUCUCGAGUUUUAAGUUAGAAACUCAAACUUUUGGUUUUUUUUGAACUCCUUACCUUAGCAAAUCGUGAUUAUCACAUUAGCCUAGACUUUGAUACAUAUACCAGGCGUUGAGAUGAACAAUCAAUUAAUAAUGACUCAUGUAAGAAAAAAUUUCGAUAAAUUAGAUUAGAAUUAAUUCUUUUACGAACUAGUGUUAAUUAAAAUGAGACUAUUUGAAUCCAAUAAAAUCUGACUUGCCAGCUUUAAGGAUAGAUUUCAUUUGAUUUUAAUCAUUCCUGAUCAAUUUCUAAAAAAUAAUUUUAAUCAAUAAGACUUUAUUAUUCGACUAAAAAUCGAUUUGAAAUAGUAAAAUCAAUUGAAAUCUAUUUUUCAAAUUGAAAAAUUGAAUUUCAGUCAGAAUUAAAUAGCAUCAUUUUAAUCAAUUUUAAACAAAAACAUAAUCGUUUUAUUCAAGUUUUUCGUCGAGGUUCAUGCUAGUAAAUGGUAGGAUUCUAGAAGUUGAAGUAUCGACGAACUCAUCUUACUCUAUUGAUUCAGUAAGUAAUUUGACUUAUCUUCCAGACUUUUUUUUUAGACUUAAAAUUGUCUAACCUUAUUCAACUCGUGAUCGCCAUGAUAAUUAAUAAACUUUUUUUUCAUGAUUUGAUAAAUUACUCCAGUGUAGAGACGAUCAAUUUUGCAUUUACGAAAACUUAAUAAGUCCAAAAAUAAAUUUAAGCUUUCAGAUAUGAGAGUUGAAAUUUAUUUUAAAUGUAAAUUUUAUAAAUUUACAUUUAAAAUAAAUUCAAAUUUUCACAUCUGAAAAAGUAAAAUUGAAAAUUAAUUUAAAUUUUCAAAGUUUAAAUCUAUUCUUCAUUUAUAAUUCAUGAAGUUUAAAAUUAAAAUAAAUUAACAAGAAAUAGCCAUCCCUAUUCGGACCGGGCCGGGCUGGGCACAGUUAACUGAUCGGACGGACCGGAUGGGAAUGAGCAAUUCUUGGCUUAGUAUGGGCCGAGUCGGUCCAUCAAAAAGUGGCCCAAUUUCGAGAUCUGAUAACAGGUCAAAAUGGAAAACACAUGUAUACUGCAAAAAUCUAUUUAUUCUAUCACAUUCUUUCGAUAUUUUCCGCCAAUUCGAUGAAAAAUAAUUCUCUUACAACUAUCUUUAAAAUAGCAUUAAAUAUAAAGAAGAAAUCUACUUCUAUUCUUUUUUUCAUUUUUUGUUGAAAUCAAAAAAGGUAUUGUUCAGGGUUUUGAACAAUCAACCCAGGCCACUAAUAUUUGAUUUAGUAAUUGACGGAGCACAUUGAAUGGACGCGUUUUGUAUUUCAAUUUUCAAUCAAUUAAUUCGUUGUAUUAAAAAUAUAAUAUGCAACAAGAUGCAGCAUGAAAAGCUCUACAAUUUACACAGAAUUGUGUGCGACCAAAUUUCGAUGCUGCAUCUUGUCGCAUACUAUAUUUUUAAUACAACGAAUUAAUUGAUUGAAAAUUGAAAUACAAAACACGUCCAUUCAAUCUACGCUACCAGUUAGUAUACGAAACACAUUCUUAUUUGAAUAGUGCUAAUAGUAUUCUGAAAUCUUAAACAAUUAAUCAUGAUGAACAGACUUCAGAGAAGCACAUCAUGUGUACAUAUGAAUUCAUUCCUGAUAGAAAUAUUAACCAACGAAGGUUUUCGUGUUGAUGAGUCUAGGUUUUUAAAAGCAAGUGUCACGAGAGUACUUGUCAUGAAAUCCUUUAAUAUAACUUUGAUUGUAUAUUAGUGCUACGCUUGUCAUUAAUAUAUAUAUAUAAAUAUUGACUCUUCCGACUCAUGCCUAAUUGAACUUGAUGAAAGAUUAAUUAACACAUAAUUUGCUUAUUUUAUAAUAAAAACCUCGAAGAAGCUCAAAUUAAGCUUCAUGCUAUAAAAUAUAUAUAUAUUGAAAUUUUAGCAAAAUCAAACCGUAAAAGCUUACCUCGAAAAAACGUCUGCUCUAAUUCUAGAACAAGACUUCUUUGUUUUUCUAUCAUUUCACGACAGCCAAGAGAAAUUUAUACUCUUCAUUCAAAUAGACGAAGAUUUUUUUGUUCUCAUAUUCCUAUUCAUUCAUGUUGCUAACAACAAAAAAGCUUAAUUUUUUGACAAAGAAAACCUAAGUAUAUUCGACAGAAAACUUAUCCAGAGAUUGUGUAAUCUCAGGAAUUCUUUAUAAAAUUCCCUAUUUACUUUUCAAAAAUAUCGCUUGAACAUGCAGGUUUUGUAAAUAGAAAUGCAUGAAAUUACAUUGCCAGUGCUAAUUUUCUAAUAAUGAUUCAGCGAAACUUCGUUCUAUAGGACUGACUUUGUCAGUGUAUUUAGAAUAAGUCAAUAUACAUCUGUUAUUCAAAAAGAAAAAGUUAACAUCUAUCUUUUUACGUCAGAUUGUUAUGCAUUUCGAGUUCUUUGGAAUGUAAAAUAUAAAAGCAGUACCUUCGGAUAAUAAACGUCAUCAGAACAUUUAUUUAUUUUUUCAAAUAGCAUAUCCUGACGCCAGUUGGUCAAUUGCAACACAUAUAUUACUUGCUGCUCAUAUGCUUUUUGUGAAUAUUUUACUUAUUGAUUUGCUUAUUGCAAUAUUUCGUAAACGAUUUGAUCAAGUAGAUGAAGAUACAAAAAAUAUUUGGCAUUCUCAACAAUAUGUAUUUACACGUGAAUAUUUUAUACGUUCACCGUUUUUUCCACCAAUAAGUCUCAUUUAUGAUGUUUGUCAUCUAUGUCGUAUGAUGAUCUUUGCUAUAGGACGAAUUUGUUCGAAAAAUUCAGCAGAUCGUCGAGCGAAAGUAUUUAAAAUAAUUCCUAUAAAUAAAGAUUUUAUUAAAGACUGGUACGAAUUUGAAGGUGCAUCAACAUAUGAAUAUACUCAUGCCGAAGCAAAAGCAUCAAAAUCUACAUCGUUAACAUCGAUUCAAGGUUUACAUCUUGAUAAUAUUGGAAAAAUACAAGAAACAAAUGCUAUAAUAAAAAUGUUUCAAAUGAAUCAAUUAGUAAUCUAA